CGCUCUCUCUCUCUCUCUCUCUCUCUCUCUCUGGUUCUCUCUCUCUCUCGCUCGCUUGAUUCUCUGGGCUACGAUUACGUCAAGUGUGCCGGAGAUACGGCCGGGGCAUACCUUAUUGGCGGUGGAGGGAUCGCCGGAACUUUGUGGAAUGGAAUUGGAGUCUGGUGCACAGGCACCGGAGAGGCGAUAUUUGAAAUCUUAUAGAACCACCCUUUUGUUGGCCUACCAGAGCUUUGGUGUUGUUUAUGGAGACCUGAGCACUUCUCCCAUCUAUGUGUAUAAGAGUACGUUUUCAGGAAAGCUGCAACUCCAUGAACAGGAUGCCGAAGUACUUGGAGUCCUCUCUUUGGUUUUCUGGACUCUCACUCUGAUUCCUCUUUUGAAAUACAUAGUCUUUGUUUUAGGAGCCGAUGACAAUGGCGAAGGUGGGACAUUCGCCCUCUAUUCAUUGAUGUGCAGAAACUCAAAGAUGGGGCUUUUGAACAAUUUUAACACGGUGCAUGAUCACCUAUCUGUUUAUAGAAUGGAAACAUCUCAGAAAGAAACAAAGACUAGUGUGUUGAUAAAGAAUUUUUUUGAGAAACAUCAGAGCUCUCGCAUUGUUCUGUUGCUUGUGGUGCUCCUGGGAGUCAGUAUGGUUAUUGGCGAUGGUGUCUUGACUCCAACAAUGUCUGUGCUUUCGGCAGUGUCUGGCAUCAGAAUAAAGGUUCCAAAUUUACACGAAAAUUACAUGGUAUUCACUGCAUGUAUUGUGUUAAUGGCCCUUUUUGCACUGCAACACUAUGGGACUCAUCGGGUUGGCUUUCUUUUUGCUCCAAUAUUGAUUGCUUGGCUUUGUUGCAUCAGUGGAAUAGGCAUUUACAACAUUAUCAAGUGGAACCCUGGUGUUGUUCGUGCUGUCUCACCAUAUUAUAUUUAUAACUUCUUUAAACUAACUGGGAAAGAUGGCUGGAGUUCACUUGGAGGCAUUGUUCUUUGUAUUACAGGUGCUGAGGCCAUGUUUGCAGACCUUGGUCAUUUUUCAAAAUUUUCAAUUAGGAUGGCAUUUACAGCUGUAGUUUAUCCCUGCUUGGUUUUGGCCUAUAUGGGUGAAGCAGCGUAUCUCACUAAGCACAAUGAGGAUCUUCAGAAAAGCUUCUACGAAUCCAUUCCAGAACAAAUAUUUUGGCCAGUGUUUGUCAUUGCGACUCUGGCGACUGCAGUUGGAAGCCAGGCAAUAAUUUCAGCAACUUUCUCCAUUAUCAGUCAGUGUCGAGCAUUGGGCUGUUUUCCUAGAGUGAAGAUCAUACACACUUCAAGCAGCAUUCAUGGGCAGAUUUACAUACCAGAGGUCAACUGGCUUCUAAUGUUCUUAUGUCUUGUUGUCACAAUUGGUUUCAAGAACACCGAUACAAUUGGAAAUGCAUAUGGCCUUGCGGUGAUCAUUGUGAUGUUCGUUACAACAUGUCUAAUGUUCCUCAUCAUUGUUACUAUUUGGAAGCGAACUGUGUUUUUAGCGCUGCUCUUCAUUGUCUUCUUUGGAUCAUUAGAGUUGCUCUAUUUCUCGGCAUGCCUAACAAAGGUCCACAAUGGGGGUUGGCUUCCCCUAGUCUUCGCACUUCUCGCCCUUAUCGCAAUGUCUGCAUGGCAUUAUGGCACCUCCAGGAAGCAAUCCUUCGAGCUCCAGAACAAAGUCUGCCUUGAUCAGCUCCUCAGCCUUGGGCCAAGCUUAGGCCUUGUCCGUGUUCCCGGCAUUGGCCUAAUCUAUACUACUACUGUCACUGGUAUCCCGCCCAUGUUCGCGCACUUUGUGACAAACUUUCCUGCAUUCCACAGGGUAUGUGUAUUUGUUUGUUUGCAAACACUGACAGUCCCAAAAGUUCUCCCCGACGAGCAGUUUUUGAUCGGUAGAAUUGGUCCUCCUGAGUACCAUAUUUUCCAGUGUAUCGUCAGGUAUGGGUACAAGGACCUCAGAUGGGACAGUGAUGAAUUCGAGAACCAACUUCUUUUGAAGAUAGCUGAAUUUUUACAGAGACCUGAAUCAAAUGGCGAAAUGUCAGUAGUCAGUGGUAAGCAUUCUGAUACAGUGGUAAGCGCAAUGGCACGAAUUGGAGAUACUAGAGAGGUUAAAAAGAAAGUGAGGUUUCGGGGAGUUGGAGUUAAGCAAGAAGUGAAGGAACUCAUCGAAGAGAAGGAAUCCGGUGUCGCAUACAUGAUGGGUCACACUUGUGUUGUUGCUCAUGAGUCUUCAUCAUUCAUCAAGAAGUUCACCAUCAAUGUAAUUUACGGUUUCCUUCGGAGGAAUUCUCGCCGGCCUGCUGUUGCUCUCGGUGUUCCUCACACAUCUCUUAUCGAAGUCGGUAUGCUUUAUAUUGUGUGAGUUUUUUGUUUGACACAGAAUACACAUAAGUUCUUGUUUUGGUGAUCAGAUUUUUCAGAAUGAAUGAUACGGUAAAUUUCAGAAGACAUAGUUUGACAUAG